GUUCUGUCUAUUUUAACUUCCACUUCGCUUUCUGUCGAUGUGCACGCGCAUGCACAUGCUCUCUUUGCGCCGACUCGCCCUGCGUCGAACACUACUCCAGUACCACCGUCCGUCCUCUUUAAAAGGCUCGUUUACUACGACAUUCCCAGCAUCUCCAGCGAACCUAUACCUAUCACUUCCUGUUUCCCUUUCUCGAUCCGUUCAUCUUCGACGCGAACGACACUCCAUGGCCUCGAGACAACCUGCCUGGGAGCAGCCCAAGAAGCUGCCGGGCGUUGAGCUGCCACCACUACAGAUUUACAAUUCGCUGACUCGGAGGAAGAAUGAGUUUGUUCCACUUGACCCGGAAGGAAAGAAGAUCACUUGGUAUGCAUGCGGCCCCACGGUAUACGAUAUUUCACAUCUUGGCCAUGCCCGGAAUUAUGUCUCAACCGAUAUAAUUAGGCGCAUUUUGAAAGAUUACUUUGCCUUCGAGGUCAAAUUUGUAAUGAACAUUACCGACGUGGAUGACAAAAUCAUAAUCCGUGCCAGGCAACGGUACCUACUCGCUCAAUUCAAAUCGAAACAUCCCACAUUUGACGAUGCCACAUUCCACGAGACCCACGCUGCAUGGAAGGCUUAUGUUAUCAAGAAUCUGGGCCUUGUGCCUGUGCGCACCACAACCGGCGAUUUCAAAACGGCUUCCGAGCUUGCGUACAAAAAUGUGAUCGAGGAAAAAUCUCUUGAUGGCACAACGGCCCCUGGCGAAACGGAGGCCAAGAUCAAAAUGCACUUACGCACUGCUCAAGCUGCUGCUGACGGGCUCGAAACAUUCAGCGCUUCCAGAUCCACACCACAAGAUGAACUGUAUGCAAAGGUCGACGAUGUGCUACUGUCAUAUUUGGACGAUCUCUACGGCUCCCAAAUUGACGCCACAGAUCACACCAUAUUUGUUCAAUUAACGCAGCACUACGAGAAGUUAUUUUUCGAAGACAUGCACGCCCUCAACGUUCUCGUUCCAGACGAAAUCACUCGCGUCACCGAGUUUGUCCCACAAAUCAACACAUUCGUGGAAAAGAUCAUCGAAAAGGGCUUUGCCUAUGAGACCGAAGAAGGCAAUGUCUACUUUGACAUUGAUUCUUUUGAAAAGGUUGGUAACGCGUACUGCCGGCUCGAACCCCAGAAUCGUGGCAAUCAAGAGCUGCUUACCGAUGGCGAGGGCGGCUUGUCCAAGAAACGCAGCGACAAGCGCUCGAAAAAUGACUUUGCGCUCAUCAAGAAGAGUAUGCCUGGCGAGCCCGCAUGGCCGUCCAAAAGAUGGGGGCCAUCAAGGCCGGGUUGGCAUAUCGAGUGCAGUGUCAUGGCGUCAGCAGUCCUAGGGCCGACUAUGGAUAUUCACAGUGGAGGUGUGGAUCUCAUGUUUCCACAUCAUGAUAAUGAAUUAGCACAGAGCGAGGCGUAUUGGCUUGGCGAGGAAGGCUGCGCUGCAAGUAAUCAUACCUGGGUUAGGUAUUUCCUUCAUAUGGGGCACUUGUCCAUCCGGGGCCAAAAGAUGAGCAAGAGCCUAAAAAAUUUCACCUCGAUUCGCGAGGCCUUGACACUGGGCGAGGAUGGCACACCCGCGUGGACAUCGAGGAUGGUACGCAUCGUACUGCUGCUUGGCUCAUGGAAGGACGGCGUUGAAAUCACCGAGGGCCUCGUCAACAUCGCCAAAGGCUGGGAAGAAAAGAUCACAAAUUUCUUCCUCAAGGCCAUCGAUAUCGAACUGUCCUCCAACGACACCGCUAACAACCAACCCUCGCCCUCUAACCCCCUUUCUAUUGCCCUUGAAAAGGCCAAGAAGGAAACCGAUGACGCACUCUGCGACUCCUUCAACACCCCGAUGGUCAUGCAAACCAUCUCUAACCUCGUUACCGAAGCCAAUUCGGCCAUCUCCAAUGACCCUACCACCGACACCACCUCUCUCCUCUCUAUCGCCCACUGGAUCACGCGUAUCAUCACUAUCUUCGGCCUCAACGGCAGCGCCAGCCCAAAUACUACCACCAUCGGCUGGGAAGGCGUCUCUAUCCCCACGCCCGCACAACCCGUCAUCUACCGCCUCAGCCAGAUACGCGACGAGGUCCGCCGGCAAGCCCGUGCUAAGGCCGUUGUGCCCGAGGUGCUAGAGAAGCUGGCCUUGCAGCCCCCACCAGCCACUCCCACCCCCGAGAACCAGUCAUACGUAACCGCGUACCAGACAUUUCAAUCCCAAGUCAAGACUGCGCUCGCUCAAUCCGGCGGCAUUGAAUCUGAGCUCCUCCGCCUCUGCGACUUACUGCGCGACACUGUACUAUGGGACCAGGACAUUUACCUCGAGGACCGGGACGCGCCACUACCGGCGCUAGUCCGACCCCUGGAUGCCAACAUGAAGGCGGCGCGCGCGGCUAAAGAACGCGCGGCGGAGGAGAAGCGCUUGGCGAAGGAGCAGCGCUUGGCGGAAGAGGCGACGAAGAAGGCUGCAGUAGCGGAGAAGGCUAAGGUCCAGCCGCAAGAUAUGUUCAAGACGGAUGAGUUUGCUGAGUGGGAUGCAAAUGGGGUGCCGACGAAGUUGAAAGGCGGAGAUGAUGUGACUAAGAGCCGGAAGAAGAAGCUGGAGAAGGAAUGGAAGGCGCAGCAGGUGGCACAUGAUAAGUGGAAGAACGAGCAGAAGUAGCUGCGGGAGUUGCCGGCAUGAUUUAUCCCAGUUUUGGGUCGCCUACGGGAAUAUCCCUGGAGACUUUUCUCGCGUAGGAUUGAGGAAAAGUUUGG